UCUCAUAUACAGGACAAGCUUUUCUAUGAUCAGCUGAAGCAUUAUGUAUUCCAGCAUGACCUGCUUGUUGAUAAUCUCUACUACAAAGAUGUGAAACUAACAGCUACCAAUGAUGAUCAGUACUUUGUCUUUGAGGACUUUCUUUAUCAAGUCCUUCUUAUCUUCUCAAGAGAUACCAGUGUCCUCAAGCACUUCGGGAAGAGCUCUGCAACACCGGCAAAAUCAUACAUUAGAGGAAUGCUAGGGGUUGAUGAGUUUGCUGUUGUGUAUCCACCGAAUGGAGUCAUCCCUUUCCAUGGAUUUGCCAUGUUUGUGGCCCCGUUAUGUUUUGUCUACGACCAGCCACCGGAUCUCUACUACGUCUUCCGUGAAUUCUACAUGAGGCACCUGUUUCGCCUCCACACCAUAUCUUCACAUCCUCAGGGUAUCUUAUCUCUGUGUAUCCUGUUUGAGAGUUUACUACAAACCAUCCAGCCGCAACUCUUCUUUCAUCUGAAGCAAAUCAAUGCUCAGCCAUUGAAGAUUGCUUUUAAGUGGAUGAUGAGGGCAUUUUCUGGUUACUUGGCCAGCGAUCAGCUUCUUCUUCUUUGGGAUCGGAUCCUUGCCUAUGAUAGCACGGAACUCCUUGCAGUUCUCGCUGUGGCCGUCUUCUGCUUUCGGCGGACCAACUUGAUGGAAGCGUCAACCUUAGCCUCUGCUGAAGCCAUCCUUGCCGAUAUCACGACCAUCCAGAUCAUACCCUUGCUUCAAAUUGUCAUCUUUCCUUGACCUCGUAACCAUGGCGAUGGUUAGGAUGCUGUUGCGGAUUACAGAUGAAAAGGCAUGUAACAGUCUUCAAAUGGGUGUGAACCACCAUCCAUUUCCUUACAUGAGCUUGUAUAUCCAGUGAACCUUUUGUUUGCUCUAGCACAUCAAACUGCCCUGAAGGACUUGAAGUCUAGAAGGGCAAUUUGAGCUGGACUUUCUUCUGGAUCUUGAUAUUCAUUCAUGUAUCUUCACAUACCAGGGCUCUGUAACACAAAGGUUUGCGAUGGAAUGCAAAUAUGAAACAGCCGCACUGAUUGGUCCCUGGUCAGUAUUUCAAACCAAAUGCGUGUGUAACGUUGAUGUUGAUUGGUCAGUUCAUUUAGCGAUUGAUCCCCAAUCUUUGUGUUACGGAGCCCAGGUCUCAUUCAAAUCUUGAAGGUAUAUGUAUUAUCAUGGAGUGACAGUGCGAGUAAUGAAGUUUCUACAGUCGCUCAUAAUUAAGAUAAGAUUAUUUGCGUCUGGGACGUACCAUUAACGUCACCAUAUGAAAGACGUGAGCGGGGAUUGGACCUCAGCAUCAAUUUGUAACUUCCCCACAUUGCGUUUCAUCUGAUAAAAGUCUCAUUUGAGUCUCGAAAGGUAUUGUCUUGAAGUAAUUCUAAGCAG